GGGUUAUUUGUAAAGCCAGUGUACUGCGGGUCCUGCCUCGUUUGGAAUAAAGGAGUUUGGUAAAAGAGCAGAUGGAAAGCAACCAACUAUGGAAAACCUGGUGUUGCCUUCAUAGCAGGAGCAAGAUGAUGUAGCGUGGGAAUUUUGCAGGUCGGCAAUGGCAGGAAGGGGUAGAGGGCGUGCAGCUUUUACAUUUAAUAUCGAGGCCUUGGGACUUGCCAAAGGUGAAAGCUUGCCGGAGUCCGCAUUCCAACCAAAGCCUUUAUACCCUAUAGUUGAUUCCAAACCUGUGCCAUUAAAAACUGGAGAAGGUGAGGAUUACAUGUUGGCAUUAAAGCAAGAGAUACGGGGAAGUAUGAAAGCACUCCCUUACUAUAUAUUGUUACCUGGCCAUAAAACAGAUGUGGAGCGAUACAAGGAAAGGUAUACACAGGAAAUCCUGAAAAAAUUGGAUGAUAGCUGGAUACCAGACUGGAGACGACUUCCAAAAGAGCUAAGGCCAAUAAUGAAAAAGAAGAAGAAAAGUAAUAUACAAAAGAAGGCAAAGCCCUCAGCAAGCCUAAACAAGGAGGAUGUUCUGAGUAAACUAGAGGCAUUGGAGAAGCAGGAUGGAGAUAAAUCGGAUGAAGAAGGAGAGAAGAAAAAGAAGGAGAAGGAGGAGGAGGAAGAUGAAGAUGCAGAGCCAGAGGAAGAAGAAUAUGAUGAAGAAGCUGAAGAGGAAAAUGACUAUAUUUCUUCAUACUUUGACAAUGGUGAAGAUUUUGAAGCAGGCAGUGAUGACAAUAUGGAUGAAGCCACAUACUGAAAUGCUGAUAAAAUUGUUUGCAUCUAUGAUCUCAAGCUGGCCAGUAACUGCAGUAAUGUUAAAUUCACAUAUUUACAUAUUAUUUACAAAUUAUUUGUGUGAUUGCCUAACUUGUGUUUUGCUUGUUUCACCAUGCUGAUGACUAAUAUAAUGCCUUAACUUAAUAUCUCCUUAGGGUUAAAUUAGUAUUAAGAGCUUAUAUAUUUAUUAGGCUGUAUUGAAUGCUGGAUAUGGAGUGCAUUCUGUAAUCAGAAUAGUUAACCAAGAAGUUAGAUAUUAGGUUAGUUGAUUCAAAAGUUAUAAAUGCAUUUUUUUUUAUUUUGCUUCCAACAAAC